AUGGAUAAGUUCUAUGGUGGAGGAGAUGGAGUUACUGCACAAGAAUCAGACGUGGGAGUUGGUGGAGCUUCCAGAGGGAAAGAGGGCGAUAAGAUGCAAGUUUUGGGUGCGGCCAAGAAGAUUCUUGGAUUGGAGAUUCGCAAAGAUAGAGCUGCAGGGAGAUUGUGGUUAUCUCAGGGUGGCUUUUACCCAAGGAUAGACGGUGAUGUUUGUGACAUGUCAAAGGUCCCUUAUGUAGUGGGGUGUGUGAUAUAUGUUAUGGUUUGUUUAAGACUGGGUCGGGCACAAGCUGUUAGUGUGGAUACUUCAGACUAUGGUGUCAUGUUCGGCAUACAACAGAGUGAUCUGUCAGUUGUAGGAUUUAUGGAUGCAGGCUAUGUAGAGGACUUAGAUGACAGGAGGUCUACAACACGACAUGAUGUGGGAGGGCCUAUUUAUUGGAAGUUCAGGGUUCAGUCUCAGGUUGCACAAUUUACAGCUGAUUUGGGGUAUAUGGUAGUAGCCGAAGCUGCAAUGGAAAAGUUCAAGUAUCACUUGGACUUGGUUUUAUGUCUCCAGUUGUUAGACGGGAGGUGA